AUGCUGACGGAAAUCUUGUAUCUGUGGGCCGGCUUGGCUCCUUCAGUGACAGCCAACCCCCUUUCUGGGUUACGCCUGACCUCCCGAGCGAGUACAACGUACACGGCCAGAUUUGACGACCUCAACCCGGUGAAUGUCCUUUCCGAACUCGUGAAUGCGCCAGAAAUCGGCUCGUACAAUGGCCUUCGAUGGCAAGGAUUCUACACCAUCCAGCCUGGGCUGUUUUCGGGCUUCCUGAACGUGGGCGGCCUCCUGCCCGAGAGUGGCUCCAACGCCGCAGGCUAUGACACCCUCGGGUCACUCGACACAAACACCGGGAGCAUCACACGCACCAUCACCGUCGAGAGCCGCAGAACAUUCCCCCCCAAGCCGGCCACCAUGGACCUGCACUCCUUCUGGUGGGGGUGCCAAUUCGGCCUGAAGCAGUACGUCCUGACGGCACCGGCUGCGUGUAACCUCACCAUCAUCGGCUCGCGUGCCUUUCAAGAAAAGACGAGGAAGACGGUCCGGUUCCAGCCGAUCCUCAUAGAUUUGCUCAUGAACAUGAAGCUGGUGGAAUUGGGGGACCAGUUCAAGGGGCUGGACACCUUGACCUUCAUCACGCAGUAUGAUGUCGGGCUCAAUGGCGCAACUUCUUUUGAUGAUUUUACUUACACCAUAAACCUUUAA